AUGACCCAGCCUAUCCAGAACACCACCGCCCCCUCCAUCCAGUUCACCCAGGAUGAAUCCACCGAGCGUGGCCGCAACCACACUGCCCACCCCAUCUCUGCCGCCCCCGCCGCCAUCCCUCUGACCAAGACUGAGACUACUGACUCUGCCAAGAGCCGUCGCUCCUCCCUUUCCGCCUUUGCCGAGCGUCUUCGCUCUCGCUCCCGCUCAAAGUCCCGCUCCCGCUCCCAGCGCAACAGCAUCGACGGCAACGAGAUCCCCGAGGAGUUUGAGUACUCGACCCGCAAGUCGUCCGACAUGACCGGCGAGUACGGCGAUAUCAUCCGCGCCCAGACCGUCUUCAUGGAGAAGUUGCGCAAGGAGCAGGCCGAGAAGCACAUCACACACAACGUCGACGGUAUCCCCAUCCCUCCUCCUGUCAACCACCAGCGUCGCCGAUCCAGUGUGACACAGCUUCUUGGAUUGGAGAAGCCUCUUUUGGCCCUCUAA